ACAGCAAUAUAUAUUUGAUAUACGUCCGGGGAAUUUUAAUUACAUGUGGAUUAUAUCUGUGUUUAAUAAAAACAUAUGUUUCCUGGAAACCAUGUGCCAGAUAAUAUGAUAAAGCGACAAUACAAUCAGAACCAUGAAGUUAAGUGACAAAUAUUCGCCAUGGUGUACAUUGAAUAUCUUUAUUGCCCUCAUUCAUCAAUCAUUGAAUAGCAUGACACACCAACGAAUGGGACCGGUCUGCUACAAUAAAGUGGAAUCUUUUAUACGAAAGUUCGAUAAUUGUGGAUUUCACAUGGAAGAAUUUCUUUCUGCAAUAAAUGAUACUCGAAUUUUGAACCCAUCAGAAUGUGGAAAAACCUGUCAUUUAUUCAUAAACAAUCCACAGCUGAACAUGUCUAAACCGAUUUCCAUAAGUUUAAGGACCGCAUUCAACGUGUAUGGUAUACAAUAUACAGCCAGAAUUGGAAAUGUCAAGAGUAAUAAUUGCAGUCAAAAGGACAUCGAGAACGUCCGCGUUAAUUUGAUUUGCGGAUGGGAAUCUGGUUCAUGGGAUACCUGUUAUAAAGGAAAGAAAUGCAAGCAAAACUACGAAGUGUGUAAAGAUUUGUUUGACGAUUGGGAAAGGCUUUGUACACGUGCCGCUUCUGUAGGAGAAGCUUGUUAUGACGAGAGAGACUGCAUAGGAACAGUCAAUGCUACCCGAUGUGUGUUUGAUUUACAAAAGCAAUACAGCGUGUGUAUUUGUGACAUGGGACUCGUCAGCAUUGACCAACAGUGUUUGCAAAGAAAGUAUUUUCACCUUUCGUUUCCCUGUCGGUCUUUGUGGGAAGAUUUCAUAUAA